UGCGUCCGUACACUCAAUGCGGAAGAAUUAAUACCGAGUGUCUCUAACAAAAUGGCGACGGGUGGGUGUGAAGAAACCUCUGACGAGAUUUUUAACUUUAAAUGUACACCUUGCUCUAAAAUUAACAGACAAAGAGAAGCUGUGAAAUAUUGUGUGGAAUGUCAGGGAUACUGUUGUCAGUCGUGUGUUGACAUACACCAAGCAUUUCCUGCUUUACAAGGACAUAAAUUGCUAGAUAAAUCAAGCUUCAAGACGAAGAUUUUGACGACCAAUCUUCCAAGUGUUCCAACUGAGAUAUGUACCAUACACGAGAUAAAGAUUCUGGACAUGUAUUGUGGUAACCAUGACGUUGUUGGAUGUACGAGCUGUAUGGCGCUACAUCACAGGAACUGCACAGAUGUCCAGCUUGUAUCGGAUGUUGUCGAAACUAUGUUAAAGAAGACGGACGCAGAUGAAACUCAUCAGAAAUUACGGGAGAAGAAUAUGGCAAUGGAGAAGAUUAAAACAUCCAGAGAAGCUCUUCUCGAAGAGUUGAAUAAAUCAAAAACGGAUGCAGUCAAUGAAAUAAAAGCAUUUAGAGAAGAAAUGGAAACGAUGCUUCGAAACAUGGAAAAGGAAUCAGUAAAAGAAGUGGAUAAGGAAUACCAAAAUAAACAUGCAGUGCUGCUGGAGGAGAUAAAGAAAUCCGAAAACCAGAUUAUAUGCCUCGAGCAAGCUGCGGACAACAUUAAACAAUCCGACGGAAAUGUAUCUCAGCAGUUUGUUUCCAUAAAAACAGCACAAAGGAUAAUUGCCCAGACUGACGAUAUUAUGAACUCCGUCGAUGCACAUGCACAUGCAAAGGUAUCAUUUGCUGCUGACCAAAGUGUUUUGGGAUUUCUACAACAACUGAAUACGUUUGGGUCGGUUAACAGUGAUACAGUCUACUCAGUCAAGGCAAGCAGAGAAAUAAAUAUAAGAGUACUGGGUGAUAAAUCAAUCUGCACUGUAUACGGGUCAUGUUUAACACAAGGAGGCAAACUUCUACUACCUGACUGUUGGAAUAAAAAGUUGAAACGUGUCGACACUGGAAAAUCUUUGGUAGAGGACUAUUGUGACCUUCCCUGUGCUCCAAGUGGUGUGUGUUGUAUUGAUAACCAAAAAGCAGUUGUGACAUUGAAUAACAAUACCAUCCAGUUUGUCUCCCUUGGCAAUCAGAUGAAACCAAUACAUGCCAUAAAGCUGAACCAUCCCUGUUUUGGUAUUGCUUAUAAGGAUAACAAACUUCUGAUAACUGACAACAGCACGUCACUCUACAUACAUGACAUUGCUGGAACGCUGUUGCAGACGAUAUCCAAAGACAGUUCCGGAAAUAAUAUGUUCACCCAGUGCCGCCAGAUUGCUUUUAGUGAUUCUGGAGAUAACAUUUAUGUGGCUGACUUUCAAAACAAUAUCGUCACACUAGAUAGACAGGGAAAACGCUGCAGCAACUUCAUUGAUACAGAGUUGGUCAAUAGUAGGGGUGUAUGCUCAGAUAGAAGAGGGAAUAUAUUUGUAUGUGCAUCCGAAUCAAAAAAUAUUAUGCAAAUAAGGCAAAAUGGACAAAAAGUUGGCAUUGUAGUAAAACCGUCAGAUGGACUGAAUCAGCCAAGGUCCAUUACUUUUAGUCCACAAAUGAAUACUUUGUUUGUUACCGGAAAAAACAUGACAAAUGGCAACGUUAAAGUCUUUGAACUGCAGUAAUGCUAAUUCUGAAACAUUUAUUGACUUGCAGCAACAGUAUCUGUUAUAUGCUGAACAAUUAUUUUUCCACCUAGGAGUGAGAUAAGAUCAUUUUUCAAGAGAAAAACACAACACAAAAGUAA